AUGUCGUCCGCUAUAAAGACGGUGCCCUUCCAGCCGCCCAAGAAGUCGCAACGACCGAGAGCGGACGCGCCAUGGCAUCAGUACCUGACUAUCGACCUGAUAUGGUACGUGCUCGGCUACACCGUCUUCCACCCAUUUGUAUCCUGGAUCGUCGUACUGUGUCUGCGCGCGCAGUACACAAAGUAUGAGGCGCCUGAGAUGCGCAUCGCUAUUGGCUGGUCCAUCGCGAUGAGUGCUAUUGGCAUCUUUGGAAUCGUCAGCGACAGGAUCGCAUUCGGCGCGCACAGGGAGGUCGAUCUGAGUGAAGAAGUCAUUGUCAUCACAGGCGGUGUGGAUGGGCUGGGAGGACUUUUGGCAGAGACCUAUGGGAUGAGAAACGCCAACGUUGCAGUCUUGGACCUCAAGACGGUGGACAAGGAAGAGGCUGAGGCGAAGGGCGUGGCGUACUAUCAAUGCGACGUGGGCGAUGCGCAGCAAGUGGAAGCUGCGGCGGCAAAGAUUAUCAAAGAUCUCGGUCCUCCUACGAUCCUGAUCAACAAUGCCGGUAUCGUCCACACAAAGUCAAUCCUAGCCUCCACCGCCGCUGAAGUCGAACAAACCUUCCGUGUAAAUACUCUCUCCCACUUCACGACCUUGCGAACAUUCCUCCCGCACAUGCUUGCGGAAGGCCGCGGCACCGUCGUUACAGUCUCCUCCGUCCUUGGCCAUCUGGGCGCUGCAAACCUGUCCGCAUACUGCGCCUCGAAGGCCGCCCUUCUCGCCUUGCACCAGUCACUACGCGCCGAGCUCGAGCACACACCUGGCGCAGAAGAGAUCAAGACGAUCCUAGUACAGCCGGGGCAGAUGAGCACGAAGAUGUUUGAGCACGUACACGCACCGAGCAAAUUCUUCGGGCCCCUCGUUACGCCAGCUGAGAUGGCGCAGGGUAUCAUCAAGCUAGUAGAGAGAGGCGAGAGCGGAGAAGUCGCGUUGCCGCUUUAUUCGAGAUACGUCCAGGUGCUUGGGUGUCUACCUUUCGGGAUACAGCAUAUCGCAAGAAGGUGGAGCGGGUUGGACACGGCGGUUGAAGUAGGCAGAGGGAAGACAAAGGAAGUGGCCGAGAAGAAAUGA